AUGUCGACAACAAUUCCAACCUACCGCUACCAAUACCGUCCUUCGUUCUCCCAACCCUCCGGCUUCAGCUUUAGCCUGUCUCCCCCAAGAAACACUUUCCUCCCCCACCACUACCUCGAAUCCCCCACCAACAUCUUCCUCUUAGCUUCCAAUUCCUCAGAAGAUAAGGUUAUUGUCCGGCAAGUGGGUGGACCAGGGGAUAACCACGUCCAAUGGGUAUCCAGAUCCGACAUCAUUCCUUAUCCUGAUUCAGCUAGUGACGAAGAGUUUCCCUCUAUGGCUACUGAUUUGGGUGAAAGUCGAGUUCGAGCUGGUGAUUGCCAAGCCAACAGUAGCAAUGGCAAUGGGGUCAAUGAUGGUGGUGGUAAUAGUGAAAAACGCCGAAUGAAGACAUCAAAAAGCUACACCUCCCCAAUCCACGGCAUCGUGCACACAGCAAACUGGGCCAACGACGUAGGCGAUCGACUCUGGUUAAGGAGCGAUCAGCCCAUAAUCAAGGGGAGGAGGAGUGUCCCGGUGGUGAAUUUGGAUAAGGCAGUUAGUGGGGAGAUCUGUAUAUCCUCAGUAACCUGGCUCCCCCAAAAACAAAAACGAGUUAAGCUUUUUGGCACCAACGCACUGUCGUUGUCAUCCAUCACCUUCAUCGGGGCAGAGUAUCGCCAACAACGUGGUGGUAGUGGACCCUUUCGCAUGUGUAUAACACAGCGGCAGAACGAAGAGAAUGGAGAAAAAGGCAUCAUCUCUCUAAUCUCCCUAAAAGAGCUUGAAACGUACUUUGAGGACAUCAAUUCCACCAAGUCCACCAUGUGCAAGUCUCUUCUGCCUGAUCAUCAGCACAAAUCAACACCAACUAUACCAAUCAGAAUGCAAAACGAAACACAUGAUGGUAUCAUCACGUCAAGAAGUUCAACGAAAGAAGAGCCUGCGGUAUUUGAAGAGGGGAACAGUAACAGAAAAAGCAUGGAUGGUGCUGCUGCUGACAACGACGACGACGAUAACCUCAGCCAUGCCUCCUUCGCGAGCUCAACCAAGGGAAAAGUAGCGUUGGAUCUGGUAGCGCGGAGUCUAUCGAUUUUCAACUUCAAUGCUGCAAUGUUGGACUUGGCUGCGCUGUCUAAUCAGAGUAUGGGUAUGGAUUGCUUCAAUGGGAACACAGUGAAUGAACCACCGGAGGCGUCGGAUGAGAGUGACGAGGAGGAUGAGGACGGUGAAAAAGAGAAGGUCUGGAGUGACUGUGAGUCACAGUACUCUGGAAGGCAGUCGGUGAUGGAAGAUGAGGAUGGGGAUCAGUAUGAGAGGAGUCGAGUAGAAGAUAGCGGGGGAGGUGGUGAUGUAUAA